UGCCACAUAGAUAUUGGUGAAAGUUUAUUUGAAAUAUUAUUCUUAUUUAAAGCUAGAUUAUUGAAUAAAAUCAUUCCAAAAUGGCAACUGCUGAAGAUAUUCAAAAACAAAUAGAAACUCUUCAAAUUCAACUUGAUAGCCUUAAACAAAAUGCGAGAACAAAAAUUGACAAAAUGAGUUCAGAAGUUAAAGAUUCUAAUCCAUAUUCAAGACUCAUGGCUUUACAGAGAAUGGGAAUUGUUAAUGACUAUGAAAGGAUAAGAACAAAAUCAGUAGCUGUUGUUGGUGUUGGAGGAGUUGGAUCUGUAACAGCUGACAUGUUGACACGAUGUGGAAUCGGAAAAUUGAUAUUAUUUGACUACGAUAAAGUGGAACUAGCCAAUAUGAAUCGUUUAUUCUUCACACCUGAUCAAGCUGGAUUAUCAAAAGUCGAUGCUGCAGCUAAAACUUUGAGCUUCAUUAAUCCAGAUGUAGAGAUUCUCACGAAUAAUUACAACAUUACAACAGUUGAAUCAUUUGAGAAAUUUCUUGAUGCCAUCCGAUUAGGAGGAAUUGAAAAAAACACGCCAGUUGAUCUUGUCUUGAGUUGUGUUGACAAUUUCGAAGCACGAAUGGCAAUCAACACAGCUUGCAAUGAAUUAAAUCUCAAUUGGUUUGAAUCUGGAGUGUCUGAAAAUGCAGUGUCAGGUCACAUUCAGUUUAUAAAGCCUGGUGAGCUUGCUUGCUUUGGCUGUGCACCGCCUCUUGUCGUAGCUGAAAACAUUGAUGAAAAAACUCUUAAACGUGAAGGUGUCUGUGCAGCAAGUCUUCCGACAACGAUGGGAAUUGUCGCUGGAAUGCUGGUUCAAAAUACUCUCAAAUAUUUGUUAAAUUUCGGUGAAGUCUCUAAUUAUCUCGGCUACAACGCUCUCAUUGAUUUCUUCCCUAAAAUGGAUUUAAGACCAAAUCCUCAAUGUGAUGAUCGAUGGUGUUUGAAACGACAAAAAGAAUUUCAAGCUCGUCCAAAAGUUGACAUUCCAAUUGUGGAUGAGAAAGUUACAGAAAUUGUUCAUGAAACUAAUGAAUGGGGAAUCGAACUUGUCAGUGAAGAUGUCAAAGAAGCGCCAACUGUUUCUUCAACUGGACUUAAACUUGCUUACGAUCCUAUAAAUGAAUCAAAAUCGAACGAAAUCCCUGAAAAUCAAACAACUAACGACGAUGUGAGUUUGGAAGAAUUAAUGGCUCAAAUGAAAAAUAUUUAAUUUUAUGCUUUUCCAUAAAUCUUAUCUACAAUAAAACUAUCUAAACAUGCAAAACUAUCCAAGUUUUCUUUCUGAUUGUCGUUUAUGUGAAUUUAAGACACUCCGAAGGUGACAAUCGAUGAACUGUUCUCUGGUUUCAUCAUUAAGCAUCCUCCAUUCAUUCC